AUGCCCGCUAGCACCACAGUACCACUCCAGCCUUCCCGCAAGAGGAAGGCCACCCAGAUCGAACCUACAUCCUCUCUUUCCUCGUCCGCUUUAGCCGGUCCCUCCUCGUCGAGUAUCGACAACGAUCCCUUCCUUAGCGACACAUCUACCUCAAACCCCACAACCACCCGCAACUCUACUAUCCGAAAGAAGACUACACAGGAGACGAAGCAGAGAGACUACACCCGCUGGGACCAGCUGCUCACUCCUGACGGCAAAACCAACGCUGAGACGAUCCUCGUUCGAUGGUUGUCGACAGGCGAGAACUAUACGAAGUGGAAGUUUAACAAGGAAGCUGCGGGAGUCAAAAUCGUCGAAGAGCUACAAAGGAAUGGAAUCGAAUUUACUAAGUCGUUGGCCAACAUCUCUGACAAGGUGCGCAACCUUGUAGAUAACUGGCGUAAGGCCGACAAACAGAUGAAGCAGACUGGGAACGGGUUGACGAAUUCGGAUAUCGAGGAUGACGAGUCGCUUGAGGAGGAAGUCAGGGUUGAGCGAAGUGCGAAAAGGCAGAAGAGAGCCACGCUUGAAGCUGUCUUUGCCAAGAAACACCCAUACUACGAAGACCUGAAAGCUGUUCUCGGGAGCAGGACUGUCGACAGUCCUGUUACCCUCAUCGACUCCACCAAGCCAGCAGCACGCGAAUACCUUUCUCCCACUCCUCAAUCUUCACCCACCAAACCUGCCACCGUCUCCGCACCUAUCCGCCAGUCGAAUUACGAAGCGUGGCAGGUCGACGAUGCCAGCCAUGACUUCGAGAAUGAUGCAGCCUAUCGAAGGCUCAUGGACGACGACGAUUAUCCGGAAGACGAGAUCCCUCAGUUCGGAAACCUUCUACCCCAAACUCCUAGCCGCCAAACAUCUAAGGCGGCACUCCAACCUUCCCCUAGCGACUCCCUCCAAUCCAACACCACCACCGCUUCGUCAAAGAGAGGAAAAACCUCGGCGGCCAGUCGCCCACACUCUGUGACUCCCUCUCCUGCUGGACCCGACAAGCGCCGUGCAGACAAGCACAGCGAGCUGGCUCAAAUUGCCGAAGUAUGGGCGCAGAGUACCCAGCUCGAAGCAGAGGCACAGCAAAAGAAUGCGGCGUUUGAGCAGGCGAAGUGGGAAGAUCAGAAGAGGUUGGACGACAGGCGACUGCGAUUGGAGGAGGAACGAUGGGCUCAGCAGAAGGAAGAACAAGAGAUGGAGCGCAAUCAGAAGAAGCUAGCCCAAGAGGAACAGCUCUUGAAUGCCCGUACUGCUGCGUUCAAGACGUUCAAGGACGCAGGUAUGGAUGUCGGCGCUGCUAUGAAAGCGGCUGGUCUCGCCAAAGGCGUAUCUACGAUCUUCGGCAAAUUUCUUUAUGAACGCUCUUCUGGAGUCCCCAUCCUCUCGGCCAUUAUUCUCUUCAUCUACUCAUCCCAGAAAUCGUCCGUGCUGUUCUCGGUCAGAUAG